CGGAAGUGGAAAAUCCCGAGAAAAAUAAUCAACUUUUGUCAAGAUGGCGGCUCUCUUUGGUCAUGGAAAUCCGUUUGCCACCCAAGUUGGACAAAUGAUUGAAAAAUCAACUGAUGGCAGUCAAGCAUCAGAGAAUUGGGGACUUUUCAUGGAAAUAUGUGACCUCAUUAAUGAAACUGAUGAAGGUCCUAAGGAUGCAAUUAAAGCUAUUAGAAAACGAUUAACACAGAAUGUUGGCAAAAACUAUACAGCAGUAAUGUACACUUUAACGUGUUUAGAAACCUGUGUUAAAAAUUGUGAAAAACGAUUUCAUCUUCAAGUGGCACAUAAAGAUUUUCUCCAUGAACUUAUUAAAAUAAUCGGACCGAAAAAUGACCCCCCUCAAGUAGUUCAGGAAAAGAUUUUAAGUUUGAUACAGACCUGGGCAGAUGCAUUUCGAGGUCAGCCAGAUUUGAAGGAAGUUGAUAAAGUUUAUCAAGAAUUAAAGUCAAAGGGUAUAGAAUUCCCAAUGACAGAUUUGGAUCAUAUGGCACCGAUACACACACCAGCAAGAAGUGUUCCAGAUUCUGAACUUCCUAUCAGUAGAACUAGAGGCUCUUCGAACAGGGCUCCAGCUCCACAAGGCACCAUGCCAGCACCAGUUACACAAUCUGGACCUCCUAGCCAAGAUCAGUCAACUAAAUUACAAAGAGAAAUGGAAGUAGUGAAAGGCAAUGUGAGGGUAAUGUCUGAAAUGUUAACAGAAUUAACACCAACAUCAGUCGAUCCAUCAGAUCUAGAAUUACUUCAGGAAUUGAACAGAACAUGUAGAAAUAUGCAGCAGAGAUUAGUGGAAUUAAUUACAAACAUUGGAAACGAAGAAGUUACAAAUGAAUUAUUAAGAGUAAAUGAUGAUUUAAAUAAUGUGUUCUUACGAUAUGAAAGAUUUGAACGGUAUAGAACGGGUAAUGCUGUACCUGAUGGAAGUACACCGGAAGAUUCAACUUACUCAUCACCACCUGCUCAAGAGAAUUAUCUCCCUCCGUCUUACGAUCAGGUUGUCAGUUCACCUGCUAAACAACCUAGUGUUAGUGCUAAUCCACCAGCGAUUCAAGCCUCUAGUAAUAAUGAAGGUAAUCUAAUUGAUCUUGGGGAAUCCCCUAAACCACUUACUGCUGCAGAAGUACAAACUAAACUAGGAGCAUUGCGUGUAGGAAGCAAUCCACCUACCUAUGAUAAUGGUAAUUUUGAUAUGUUUGCUCAAUCUAGACAGUCUUUUGAAGAAAAUAAACAAAGUAAGGGAGGUAGUGGUUAUAAUCAACAAGACGAUCAGUUUAGUGGAACUUUAGCCCAAUCUGUUAAUGCUAAAGCUCAACCUGAAGUUCUUAAUUUACAAGAUAAAGAAACAGAUUAUGAUGAAAUGGAAGCAUAUAUUAGAGAAACUCAACCCGGGUAUUCAGCGACAGGUGAAACAAUAUCAAGUUCAGAAAAGAGUACUCUAAGUCCAGAGUUUGACAGAUUUUUAAAUGAAAGAGCAGCAACUGCAACUAACGUACCCAGCAUACCAGCAGAAACAGGUCAAACACCACAAAGAGGGGGUACUCGAAAUAGUCGUCAGAUACAAAAAGACGAUGAUGAUAAUCCGUUAUUUGCUUUAUAGUUGUUAUUGUUAUGAUUGUGUUGUAGAGUUCAAGCAAUGUAUUGUUUGUUUUUUUUUAUGUAUAAAGUAUGUAAAUAAUAUUAAUAUAUAAUAAUCAUAAUUCAUAAUUUUAUGUACAUCUGUCCACCUUUUUAGAUGUUGAACUAUGUAGAUAUUAUAAAUGGAGGCCCGGGGGGUGAGGCUAUUAUGAUUAUGCACUCAGUGUUACUCAUGAAUUAGAAAUGACCAGUUCACAACUGCAAUAAAAGAAAUAUGUGAUUUGAUAUAUGGUAUAAAAUUAAUAUUGUAAUUCUGCAUGUUUUAGUGAAAGCAUUCAUCUAUUUCUUUGUUUUCAUUGCAGCUGUAGUAAUUAAAUUGUAACAUUACAAAUUUACAUUUCAAGGGACCUCGUUUUAGUCAUAUUUUCGAGUCUUGAUUGACUGGAAAUAAAAUGGACUAGCUGAGAACUUACCAGUCAGUUGAUUUUACAUGCCAUAAGAUUAGAAUUUUAAAGAAUUUAACCUUAAAACAUAAUAAAAACAUUUAGAUUUAUUGUUUUAUGUGUAAAACCAUUGAAAAAACAUUUUUUAAAUUUGGGAUAAUGUGAAAAAUUGUAAUAUUCUGUUAAAGAAAUAUCUUGCUAAUCUGAAGUAAACAAACUAUGUCAAAUAUUGAUCAGCUCGCCCUGGUUCAGUCCUCGUAACUACAAUUUGUGAGAACACCACUGUGUGUAGUACUAGUAACUACAAUAUGUGACAGUACCACUGUAUAGUCCUCUUAACUACAAUUUGUGACAAUUCCACUGUACAGUCCUCAAACUACAAUUCAACAUGUAAUUUCGAAUUGAGGUGUAAUGUGUCCUUUUGGAUUAUCAACCCAAAAAAUUGUACUAUUACAGUAUACCUUCUACCUAAUCUGGAAAAGAUGUCAUUUAUCUUUGUUCAUUAAGAUGUAAAUUACCAAUUUCUUAUUUUGUACAGGACUUGUUUUUAACUUGUUAUUAAACUUUAGUCAUUACCUCUAUGAUUUCAGUUAUGAUCUUAUAUUUACAAUAUAUAGCUGUAGAUCAAUGUGACAUAACAUCAGAAGAUAUUAAAUCUAUAUUCCAAUUUUUUAUGUUUCUUGGUCAUGAAGUUUCUUAUUAGUAAGAAACUGAUGCUAAUUUAAAAAUAAUCUGUAUAGAUAUUUGUGGGUUUGGGUGGACGAAUGGUUUAUUGUGUGGCAUGGUUUCGAUUCCCUGCUUGUACAUGGCAAGAAGUGGGGUUGCCUGUUCAACCUUGUGGGUUUCCUCUGGGUCCUCCGGUUUUCUCCCACAGCUAAAGACCUCUAUGCGCAAGCGAAUUAUCGAAAUAUAAUUGAACUAUAUAAUAUGUUAGUCAUGAAAUGACCUAGUUUGUGUCAAAACAAUGUUAAACCCCAUUUCUGUUUCUGUAUAGAUAGUUAACUAGACAGGUUGUGAAAUAGUUCCACGGUUUUAGCUGAAAAGCCAUAUAUUUGAACUUUCUACAUAGAAAGGUGGAUUUAAUGAUCGUGCCUGGUAUUUAUGGAUUGGAGAAGCGGCUAUGGCAAUAUUCAACUCAUCUCCGAAGUCUUAUAGUGAAGUUAAUCCUUCAAAGUACUUAAGCCAUUGCUAUGUUUUUAUUUGUAACAGAUGAUGGAACAAUAUUAUAUCUUUGUUAUUAUUGUUGAUAUUACAAAGGAAAAGGAUAUUUAGGGCCAGACCAGUUUCAUUUUUCGUUUUUCAGGGAUCUUGAUAAAUGACUAAUCAAUAGCUACUCAAGUCUCAUGUAUGUUGAAAAAUAUCCAAUUAUUUUUUUUCCAAACACAAGAUAUUUGGAAACAUUUUUCAUAGGCAUUCCCAAAGAACGAAAAUUCAAAUUGGUGUGGCCUAUCAGUUGAUUAUUUGUUACUGUUAUUAAAAAUUAGUGUGAUGUGUGGUAUUGUACUAUUGUACAUUAUGAUAGAUAAAUCAUAUGUAAUAUAUUAGUUGUCAGUGUUGUCUAUAUUCAGUGUAAUAAUUAUACAAUGUUACAAAGACAGAUCAUCUAUAUAGAUGAUCAAAAGAUCAAUCACUUUGUCUAAAUGAUCACUAGUAUGAUCUUAGAAAAACGUAAACUUACCCUUUCUUGUACCAUGUGUGCACUCCUAUAUUAUUCAACACCGAUGUGAUAUCACUCUAAAGUGUUUUAGUGACAUUGUAGAAAUCGGUCACAUUAAAUAACACGAAAUAAAAAAUUUAUGUAAUACAAUAACUGUACUUAUUUUUAGGAGCAAUGAACUAUAAUGUUGACAAGAGAAUUAUUAUUGAAAUAUUUCUCCUAUAGAUCCAUUAAUUGUAUUCCAUAAAGUUUUUUGUUUUAUUUUUUUGAUGUGUAAUCACUUUCAAUUUCACAUUGACAUGGUGAGAUAGUAUGACUUUUAUGUACCCAUCACAUAAACAAAAGUUGAUUAAUGAGAAAGUGAUUUUUUUUUUUUCAACACUGGAGAGAAUUGUUUUUGUAAUUUCCGUAUGCACCUAUAUUGACAAAUUUACAAGAUUGAUUUGGUUUUAUAACAAAUCUUGUGAAAGAUGUAUUUACACAAUUGAAAUAUUGCUAAUGUGUUUUUCUUCAAAUGUAUUUUGCAAUUUUAGAGAAGUCGACUAAAUAGAAAUAUACUUUAUAAUAAUGUAAUGUAGUAUAUUACAAAAAAAGAGAACAUAUUAUGGUGUGUAAUAUCUACAUCUUGUGAAAAUGAUAAAAUAAGAUAGUGUAUGACAUACUACAUGAAAAUUUAACUCGCUAAUUAUGUGUUAACAGACUUUUAUAAUUUCUAAUUAUAAUGCAAAAUGUUAAUUCUCUUUAUGCAUUUAGCUGAUUCUUAUAAGUAUGAGUCAAUUACAUUUUUCCAUGUUUUUUUUUUUUAACAAUUUCAUUUUAUAUACCGUAGUUUCUUUUCUCAUGUAAAAAUAGUCUCCAGAUUAUGUUGACCUUCAUUUAUAAAUUUGAGGAAAAAGUUAUUUUUAAAUUGUUUAAAGGACUUAAACCCCCUUGGGUUGAUUUGAUGGGAUGGGUUAAGCUCUAUGGGAUUCAGUUUUUGUUUCGAAAGAUUACACGGAAGUCAGCUUGUUUUAUUUUUGGCUUGUUGACUGUGCAACACAAAAUGGUUUAUAUUUAAACACUGGAUUUAUGUAUAGAUAUCAAAUUUUCGUCCGGCUUUCAAAUGAACAUAUAGAAUCCAAUGAAAUCAACAAUUUUAUUAUUUUACCCAAAACAAAGGGGUCUGGACAUAAUUAAGGUUUAUAAAUGUGAUAUUGCAAUAUUGUGGGCAAUUUUUCAAAAAAGACUGUAAAAUGGUUCAGUUUUAUUCCAACCAUUGAAUAUGUGUACAAAUACAUAUGUUAUAAACUAUUUUUUUAAAUUUUAUUUAUAUCUCAAAGAUCAGCUGUAUGUACAUGUAUAUUGUACUAAAUUAUGCUUUCUUUUAUUAUAUUGUUUUAUAGCUAAUUCAAGUGUAAAUCUGUAGUUUAGUUGAGUUCUGUAUAGAUAUAACAACUUAUCUUUAAUUCAAUCCAUUAUUUUUCUGUAAAUUUAACAAGAAUUGUAUUUUUUAUCACAUUGUGUAUAUGUGAGAUAAUAUAUGAUAGAAACAAA